AUGGAUUUUCCAAGACCCAGUCAGGCAAGGGAAGUCGGUAAGACUCUAGAGCUGGUCAAGAAGAAAGCCCAGGUCGAGAAGAAAGCCCAGGUCGAGAAGAAAGCUCAGGUCGAGAAGAAAGCUCAGGUCGAGAGGAAAGCUCAGGUCGAGAGGAAAGCCCAGGUCGAGAAGAAAGCUCAGGUCGAGAAGAAAGCUCAGGUCGAGAAGAAAGCUCAGGUCGAGAAGAAAGCUCAGGUCGAGAGGAAAGCUCAGGUCGAGAGGAAAGCCCAGGUCGAGAAGAAAGCUCAGGUCGAGAAGAAAGCUCAGGUCGAGAAGAAAGCUCAGGUCGAGAAGAAAGCUCAGGUCGAGAAGAAAGCCCAGGUCGAGAAGAAAGCUCAGGUCGAGAAGAAAGCUCAGGUCGAGAAGAAAGCUCAGGUCGAGAAGAAAGCUCAGACAUUGAACACAGCCGUGCACACUCAGAAACACCCUCAGAAACACAAUCAGAAACACACUCAGAAACACACUCAGAAACACACUCAGAAACACCCUCAGAAACACAAUCAGAAACACACUCAGAAACACACUCAGAAACACCCUCAGAAACACACUCAGAAACACCCUCAGAAACACAAUCAGAAACACAAUCAGAAACACACUCAGAAACACAAUCAGAAACACACUCAGAAACACACUCAGAAACACACUCAGAAACACCCUCAGAAACACAAUCAGAAACACACUCAGAAACACAAUCAGAAACACACUCAGAAACACACUCAGAAACACACUCAGAAACACACUCAGAAACACACUCAGAAACACAAUCAGAAACACACUCAGAAACACACUCAGAAACACAAUCAGAAACACACUCAGAAACACCCUCAGAAACACAAUCAGAAACACACUCAGAAACACACUCAGAAACACACUCAGAAACACCCUCAGAAACACAAUCAGAAACACACUCAGAAACACCCUCAGAAACACCCUCAGAAACACCCUCAGAAACACCCUCAGAAACACCCUCAGAAACACAAUCAGAAACACACUCAGAAACACACUCAGAAACACAAUCAGAAACACACUCAGAAACACCCUCAGAAACACCCUCAGAAACACAAUCAGAAACACACUCAGAAACACAAUCAGAAACACCCUCAGAAACACACUCAGAAACACACUCAGAAACACACUCAGAAACACACUCAGAAACACAAUCAGAAACACACUCAGAAACACACUCAGAAACACACUCAGAAACACACUCAGAAACACAAUCAGAAACACACUCAGAAACACAAUCAGAAACACACUCAGAAACACACUCAGAAACACACUCAGAAACACAAUCAGAAACACACUCAGAAACACACUCAGAAACACCCUCAGAAACACACUCAGAAACACCCUCAGAAACACCCUCAGAAACACCCUCAGAAACACACUCAGAAACACAAUCAGAAACACACUCAGAAACACAAUCAGAAACACCCUCAGAAACACCCUCAGAAACACACUCAGAAACACAAUCAGAAACACCCACCCACCCACCUGAAGUACAGAGCUCAAUUCUCUUAA